CAUCAUUGCAGAGGGGCCCAUGACUCAAACCGAGCAUUGCCACACCGAAACUGUACAGCGCACCGGUCACCCCCACUCCAGCGAUCGCAAUUGAAAAGAACAUCUGCAGGAGUGAAAUGAUAAGAAAAGGCUAUUUGCUUUGAAAAAAUCAUCAGGAGAACAUAUUUUUCCAACAAAGAAUAAAGAGACUGUGUGGACUUCAGAGAUAACAGCUAACUGUCUCUGGCUCUGUGUCCUCUUCGGCCUCCGCUGUGAAUGUUGGGGAACCUUUGAACCACUCCCCCGGUACUGAGCUCCCCCCCCGGUACUGAGCAGGACUCUCGGCUACAGCCCUCUCCCGGUACUGAGCAGGGCUCGCGGCUACUGAGCAGGACUCGCGGCUACAGCUCUCCCCCGGUACUGAGCAGGACUCUCGGCUACAGCCCCCCGGUACUGAGCAGGACUCUCGGCUACAGCCCCCCGGUACUGAGCAGGACUCUCUGCUACAGCCCCCCGGUACCGAGCAGGACUCUCGGCUACAGCCCCCCGGUACUGAGCAGGACUCUCUGCUACAGCCCCCCGGUACCGAGCAGGACUCUCGGCUACAGCCCCCCGGUACUGAGCAGGACUCCCGGCUGCUCUCUCCCACCAUGGCUGCGUCUCCCGUCAAAAACUUCCUGGUUACCUUUUUAAUGCCAGAAAAAUGUUAUGAGAGGAUUUUCGUCAACUUUCACAUGAACGUGCCUUGCCUAAAGUUUAUCAUGAACAGAAUUGUCGGAUUUUGGAUCAUACUGGACACUUUCCUGGCUCAGCUCCCUCAGCUGUUGAAGAUCCUGUGGAGAAGAAGUGCAAAGGGCCUGAGUCUGACCUCCGCGCUGCUUCAACUGUAUUCCUUCUCCUGUCCUGUUGUGUACGCCAUGGCCCACAACUUCCCACUCUUUGCCUGGGGUGAGAGACUCAUCACGUUGGUGCAGACUGCAGCGAUCGUCUUCCUCAUCAUGCAUUAUCGUGGUGAAACCCUCAAAGGAAUUCUGUUCCUCUUGACUUAUGGCGGUGUGAUGUUCCUUCUGGGCUCCUACGCAGCUGCAGCAGUUGUCUCAGUGAUGCAGGCCUCGAGUUUGGCAGCUUUAAUUGCAAGCAAGAUUUUCCAGGCCGGAACUAACUACUGCAACGGUCACACCGGCCAACUGUCCACUCUGACUGUGUUAAUAUCGUGGGCCGGGUCUCUAGGAGUCAUCUUUGUGUCUCUACAGCUGUGUCUUGUAGGAGACAGGAAACAUGUUUGCCACUCUGUCACACACACUGUCAGCCUGUGUCAGCUGUGUCCUCCUGGCCCAGGUCCUCUGCUGCAGGAGCAGCACUAAAAAGAAGAGUGAGUAGAGGUGGAGGACGGUGACAAAUGAACAAUCACAUCAUAUGCAAAUAUUUACUGUUAUUCAGGAAAUGUUUUGGUAUUCUGCGCCAGAUGUUAGAAUAUAAAUAACUCGCAGCGCAGAUGUAGCAGGAAAUGUUUACAGUAUCUUUUUGCAUAAAUAUGCCUGUGUGCUACAUUCAAAUCUACUUCAUAAGUCAUGUGUCUGUGGAAAUGAAAACUCAGUCAUGUUAUUUAACAUUUUUAUACAUUUUAAAUAUUAUUUCUGCAGUUAGUUUCCAAUUGUUGUGAGGGUGUGGAAUAAAAAAGAUGUCUGCCUGCAUUGAUUCCUCCUCUGUGGUAGAAGGAACAUCCCGUUGAUGAUGCGCUCAUGUCAUGUCAGAUUUACUGUUCGUACUGCUGACUGGGAAAAUGUACAUGUCAACCCCAUAAUGAUAAUAAUUAAUAGAUAACUGGAAUGUAUGUGGUAGCCUCUGUUUUAUCUUUUGGGCAUAACUUAAUAGGAUUCAUUAUUAUUUUCUUACAAAUAUUUUUUUAAAUAUCUGUAACAACAUUUUGUCAACAGAAAAAAGAAAGAAACGCUGUUAAGCUCAACAACUUUUCACUUUAUUAACCCAGUCACCAGGUUUCUAUCCACUUUCUUUGUUUUUUAAGAAUACUGGGUUCCUACAGUUUCCAAUGUAUGUUACAUUCUGACUAUGUAUACUAUUAUUAUUAUGUUGCCAAAGAAUUGCCAGAAGAUUGUAGAGGUGAACUGUGGCUCUUACAGUACAAAUCAAUUAACACCAAACUCAGACAAGCUACAAUGCUAAAACAGUGCAAUGUUAUUGUGUCAUGUGAAUUUAUUAACUGUAUACCUUCAACCGCUAAGGAAACAGAAGGGACGCUCAUGUAACAGGGAACUAGAAUUGAUAACUAAAGUCCAUUGACUUUGCGUCGCACAGCAUAGGCCUACUUAUUGCCUUGCUUUUGACGACAUCAAGCUUGCUUUGGCCCACGCACUCACACAGUAGGAGAGACAUAAAAAGACAUACAGCAUGAUUUGUCAUAUAAAUGUCACAGUAUACUAUGUCAUAUAGUUGCAUUUUAGUCGUAAAAAUUACAUAAAAGGACAAAGUAUAGUAUUUAGACAAAUUUCAUAAAAGAGUCACAGUGUAAAUGUAAAUAAAUAUCAAAAAAGUCCUAUUACAAUAUGUUGUAAAAAAACCCAUAGUAU